AUCGUGCUGGAGGGCGUGGACCGCGCCGGGAAGAGCACGCAGGGCCGGCGGCUCGUGGAGGCCCUGAGGAACGCCGGGCACCGCGCCGACCUCCUCCGCUUCCCGGAAAGAACCACUGAGAUUGGGCAGCUGAUCAGCUCCUACCUGGGGAGGGAGAAGAACCUGGAGGACCACACCAUUCACCUGCUCUUCUCUGCCAACCGCUGGGAACACGUACCAAUGAUGAAAGAGAAACUACAUCAAGGGAUCACGGUUGUGGUUGACAGAUAUGCCUUCUCUGGAGUGGCCUUCACAAGUGCCAAAGAGAACUUCUGCCUGGACUGGUGCAAACAGCCUGAUGUUGGACUCCCAAAGCCAGACCUGAUCCUGUUCCUUCAGUUAAGCCCAGAAGAAGCAGCAGAACGAGGGAACUUUGGACAUGAACGUUACGAGACCAGCUCCUUCCAAGAGAAAGUUCUUCAGUCCUUCUAUUGCCUUAUGAAGGACAAGACCCUAAACUGGAAGCUGCCCAGCACUGGUGAAGGAGGUGAGCCCCUGCAAAUGCUGCCUCAGGCCCUGACAGUAACACUGGGACAAGACAACACACUGAAAAGCCAGAAAUACCUGUUAAAGAUCUGAGCUUAGCUCUGUUACUGAGGUUGUGUCAACACUCAGGUAAAAUCUUGUCUGGCAGAGCUGUCCUUAAAACAUAAAACCAUGAACAUGAAAUAAACAGUAGAAUUUGUGUUCUACACAAAUUUUUGUUGGAAA